CACGACGAGACUGUUUUAUGCUGUGACCUCGAUCGAUUUCCUUUUCGAGGCGGGACCUCGCUGGCGUUCUACUGACAACUGUCAAGAUGAACGACUACUCCAUUUUGCAACUUCCCGAUGGAGCUCAGUUAGCAUAUGAGGUGCUUGGCUCAAAUCACAAGACAUCAGUUCCCUUCGUGUUCGUCUGUGGUACUACAUCCUGUCGGGGGGACACGAAGAAAGUAUCAUCGCUACUAGCCAAAUGUCGACAAGUAUUGGUCUAUGAUCACAGAGGCAUGGGAGACUCCCAGUCUCUAGAAGAUGACCCUUUUACUAUCGAAACACUGGCAAGAGACCUUCUCUCUCUAAUUCAUCAUCUUCAGUGGACCGAGGUUGCUCUUUGCGGUCAUUCCAUGGGAGGCAUCGUCGUUCAGAGUCUUUUAUUCUUACCCUUUCAUCGCACGAAUCCGACUCCCCUACCUUUUCGUGUGACACACGUCGUACUCGCUUGUACUACAUUCACACCUAUCCGGGACCCAAAAUACGGACUCAAGAUCCCAAGUAUACCGAAGUCACGCUUGACACUUGAGAUGAUAAAGGAGACGGUGCGCCUCAGUAUGCUCCCCAGCUAUGACCCCGAGUGGUUUGCUAGUGAAGCCAAUCAGGAGAGAAUCAGAGAGAUCGUAGAUCGCUCCUUGAUUGACAGGCCAUUAAAGACCAUAUUACAGCAAAAACGAGCAAGUUCUCAAUAUGAUUUUACUGGGCUUCAUUCUCGCCUCUCACCGGACACUCAAUUCAUGAUCAUCCACGGUGAACUUGAUCAGGUCGUGCCUUUCUCUGAAGUUCGGGGCUUUUUAAGGCUUAUUCCAUGGGCGCGUGUGGUACCGGUAGGAAAUGCACCAGGUUCGGUACCAACUCUUCGUUUCGGUCAUGAUUGGGUCGAGUACUUCAAUCCCCAGGUUUGGUAUAAUGUCUAUGAGAUGUUUUUGCAGGGGGAGAAGGCCCGUUUGUGAUAAGGAUUUGGUAUUGCUGCAGUAAU